CUGCUGCCUGGCGUCAGUCAGGAGAAGUUAGACAGGUUUAGAAAGCGGUGGCUGAGGUGUAUGUUCUGAGAUUCUGAAUCACUUCGAAUUCAGUUUCUGACGUGUGGUGUUCCGAAUAGGUUAUCAAACACUUGGUGCAUAAACUACAGUGUUAACCAUGUACAUUACAUCGGCAGCGGGGAUUAUAUCCCUAUUGGAGGAACCUAUGCCAGAACUAAAAGUUUUCGCAUUGAAAAAGUUAGACGCUAUUGUCGACGAAUUUUGGCCAGAAAUAUCUGAAGCAAUUGAAAAAAUUGAAAUACUUCAUGAAGAUAAAGCUUUCACACAGCAUGAGUUAGCAGCACUGGUUGCAAGCAAAGUGUACUACCAUCUAGGAUCUUUUGAAGAUUCAUUAACUUAUGCCCUGGGAGCUGGUAAUUUAUUUGAUGUUAAUGCUCGCACAGAAUAUGUUGACACCACAAUUGCAAAGUGCAUUGAUUAUUAUACUCAGUUGAGGUGUGCCAAGGUAGAAAAUCCAACUGAAGCUAAAGAGAUAGAUCCUCGAUUGGAGGCAAUUGUGGAUCGCAUGUUCCAAAGGUGCCUUGCUGAUGGCCAGUACAGGCAGGCAUUAGGUCUUGCCUUGGAAACACGGCGAAUGGACAUAUUUGAACGAGCCAUUAGAGAAUCUGAAGAUGUUAAUGCUAUGCUAUCGUAUGCAUUUCAAGUUGCAAUGAGUCUCAUUCAAAAUCGUGGCUUCCGAAAUGAAGUUUUGCGCUCGUUAGUUGGUUUGUAUCGGAAUCUGGCAACACCAGAUUAUGUGAACAUGUGCCAGUGUCUCAUUUUUUUGGAUGAUCCUCUGGCUGUAGCUCAAGUUUUGGAAAAACUUAGCAAGGAUACAGAGGAUAGUGCUCUCAUGGCAUAUCAGAUUGCUUUUGACCUGUAUGAGAGUGCUACCCAACAGUUUUUGGGCAGAGUUCUGCAGGCUCUUCCAGCAUGUCCUACCACAGCCACAACUCCAGUGGCUGCAACUACUGCCAGUACACCAGAGAAAGUGGAAACAGAUGCGAAACAGGGUUCAGCGGAAGUGUCAAAACCAGAAGUUAUUGCUCCUCCGCAAAUGGUAGUGGUUGAAACUGCUGCAGCGCCUUCCACUCCUGUUGCAGCUGCAGAGGUGAAGCAAGAGCCAAUUAGUGAAGAAGACAAAAUGCAGCAGGAAAGAGUGGAGAAACUUGCCAGUAUUCUGUCUGGGAAAGUGACAAUAGACUUGCAUCUUCAGUUCCUCAUUCGAAGCAAUCACUCAGACAUGCUCAUUCUGAAGAACACAAAAGAUGCCAUCAGAGUCUCAAUCUGCCACACAGCCACUGUGAUAGCAAAUGCUUAUAUGCAUAGUGGUACGACAUCUGAUCAGUUCUUGAGAGACAAUCUGGAGUGGCUGGCUCGUGCUACCAACUGGGCAAAGAUGACUGCGACAGCGUCUCUGGGUGUGAUCCACCGUGGCCAUGAGCAGGAAGCAUUGGCGUUGAUGCAGAGCUAUCUUCCGAAGGAGGUUGGCCCCAGUUCCGGUUACUCUGAGGGCGGCGGCCUGUAUGCCUUGGGCCUCAUUCAUGCCAACCAUGGUGGCCACAUCAUUGACUACCUGCUGCAGCAGCUUAAAGAUGCCCAAAAUGAGAUGGUGCGUCACGGUGGCUGCUUGGGGCUGGGGCUGGCGGCAAUGGGCACUAACCGCCAGGAUGUGUACGAACAGCUCAAAUUCAACUUGUACCAAGAUGAUGCUGUCACUGGAGAGGCGGCAGGCAUCGCCAUGGGCAUGGUGAUGCUGGGCUCCAAGGCGACACAGGCCAUCGAAGACAUGGUGGCGUACGCGCAGGAGACGCAGCACGAGAAGAUCCUGCGCGGGCUGGCGGUGGGCGUGGCGCUGACGAUGUACGGCCGCCUGGAGGAGGCCGACCCGCUCGUGGCCACCCUCUGCCAGGACAAGGACCCCAUCCUGCGCCGAUCGGGCAUGUACACGCUGGCCAUGGCCUACUGCGGCACCGGCAACAACCAGGCCAUCCGCCGCCUGCUGCACGUCGCCGUUUCUGAUGUCAACGAUGAUGUGAGGAGAGCUGCCGUGACUGGCAUAGGAUUCCUGCUGUUCAGGACCCCGGAGCAGUGCCCCAGCGUGGUGUCGCUGCUGGCCGAGAGCUACAACCCGCACGUGCGCUACGGCGCCGCCAUGGCCCUCGGCGUCGCGUGCGCCGGCACCGGACUCAAGGAUGAAGAAAAGGAUGACACCAAAGAAGCGAAAGAUAAGAAGGAAGAAAAGAAGGAGAAGGAAGAUAAGAAAGAGAAGAAGGAAAAAGAGAAGGAAAAGGAAAAAGAGAAAGAAAAAGAGAAGGAGAAAGAAAAAGAGAAGGAAAAGGAGAAAGAGAAGGAAAAGGAGAAAGAAAAAGAAAAGAAAGAGGAGAAAGAAGAAAAAGAUGAUAAGAAAACUGACAAGAAGACUUCUGGCAAAGAAGAAGAAGCCAAGAAGGAACCUGAACCCAAUUUCGAGAUUCUGAGCAAUCCUGCUAGAACUAUGAAGCAACAGCUUAAAGUUCUUCACUUUUGGACCGAAACCAGAAGAUGAUAAGGAACCUGAACCCCCAGAACCCUUUGAAUAUGUUGAGGAAUAGAAUAAAUAAUUCGCAAAUCAGGCGUUUUGCAUAUGCAUGCUUCCUAAUUAUUUUUUAUGAGUAUAUGGUCGAUUGCUAACUUAUGUUUUAACAUUAAGUUUUUUCCUGUCAGUGUUUAGAUUAGGCAAAACUACUGAAUCAUACUAUGUAUGCAUUUAAAACUGAAAUAAACAACAGUAUAUGUUCAAA